AUGGAGGUCCAAGGUAAAGUUGAAGUCAAGAAAGCGGCUUAUUUGAAACUAGUGAAGAGCACAAACAAGGAGGAAAAGAGGACGAAUUGGGAAUGUUAUAAGAAGGCAAAGAAAGAGGCGAAGUUAGCGGUUACGGCGGCUAAGAAUGCUGCCUUUGGACGCAUGUAUGCGGAGCUUGGGAGAAAAGGCGGGGACAAGAAGUUGUACAAGUUAGCCAAAGUGAGGGAGAGGAAGGCUCAUGACAUGGACCAAGUGAAGUGCAUCAAAGAUGAGGACGACAUGGUAUUGAUGGAAGAUGCCCAUAUUAGACGAAGAUGGAAGACGUACUUUCACAGACUGUUGAACAAGGAGGGGAACAGAAGCAUUGUGCUGGGUGAGUUGGAGCACUCCGAUAGUCUGCGUGAUUUUGGAUAUUGUGGGUGUAUUAAGGUCGAAGAGGUUAUGGGAGCGAUGCGUAAGAUGAGCAGGGGAAGAGCGACUGGGCCAGACAAAAUCCCGAUAGAAUUCUGGAAGAGUACGGCCGGGUAUCAAGCUGUUGAGUCAUACUAUGAAAAUCUGGGAAAGGGCGGUGGAAAUCAGGGUGAGAAAGAGUGUGUCUAUUUUCGAGAAUCAGUUUGGAUCUAUGCCGGGCGAUCGACUCCGGAAGCCAUUUAUCCGGUGAGGAAAUUGGUAGAGCAGUAUAGGGAGAGAAAGAAAGACCUACACAUGGCGUUUAUAGACCUAGAAAAGGCGUACGAUAAAGUUCCGAGGGAGGUUCUAUAG